AUGGCCAUCCCUGCUGGAUCUCAACUUGCUUUCGCCAGUUACGAAUAUUCAAUGGACCCCCUUGUCAAUGCCAAUCCUCAAGAAUUCGAUCCAAUGCGUAGUUAUCGUAAGCGCAUGGCGGGUCCAGAUCAGUGGGAUUUGCACAAGGCCGGCAUGGCCCAUCGUGAAAAUCUAGCUUUCGGAUAUGGCAGUCAGGCAUGUCCCGGGAGACGAUUCGCUGUUGCAGAAAGGAAGGUCAUCAUGGCUUGUCUUCUCUUCGAAUUUGAAUUGAAGUUCACCGAGGGAAGAAUGCGGCCGAAGACUCAGCAUCUCAAUCAGUUUUGUUUUACGGAUCAAAGUAUGACCCUGAUGAUGAAGCAGCUCUAG